ACCAAAAUUAAAUUAUCAUUCAAAAAAUAGAAAAUGGUGAUUUAAAAGGAAAACAACAACAGGCAACAACAACAACAACUUUGAACUACGAGAACAACGAAAUACCCAAACGAAAAAGCAAUGUUUUAUCAUCAGUGCAUCACAACAACGGCGACGAUGAUAAUUAUCAUCAAUUUGUUGAUGGUAAUUGUAAUGAUCGAAACAAAUUCAAAUAAUGAUAAUAAAAAAAAAAUUGAUUUAAUGGAAAUGGAAUCAUAUUUACCAAAAGAAUCAUUUGAUAGUUUUGAUCCGGAUAUUUUAUUAAGACGAUCAAAUCAUUCGAUUUAUGUACAAUAUAUAUCGACAAUGACAACAACAAUUAUGAUUGAUAUGAAUGAAAAUCAAUUAUCAUCAUCAUCAUCAUCAUCAUCAUCAUCAUUGAUUAUAAAUCAACUAAGAGCAGUACCAACAAGUGAUGGACAAAUCAGACAAUAUUGGUUGAAAGAUUUUCAAAAAAUUGAUGAUAAUAUUGCAUUGAAAACAAAUGGCCGUAUACGAAUGUUUGAAGAUGAAUUAUCAUUUCGUGCAGUUGAAUAUAAUGAUUCAGGUAUUUAUACCUGUGCAGAUAUUUCCAAUAUAAAUGGUGUACGUUUUUUACAUUUUCGUUUAUUUGUACGUUCGUAUAAUAGUAAUUGGUUAGAAAUAUCUAAUCCAAUUGCUGUUAUGAAAGUAACAUUAUUAUUUACAAUAUUAUGUAUAAUAUUACCAUGGAUAUUAUAUCGUUAUCAAAAUUUUGAUAGAAAAUUAAUAAGAAAAUAUUAUGUUGAAAUGAAAGUAACCAAAUCAAUGUUAAGAAGAGAGAAAAGAUUGAUUGAAUAUUGAUUUUUGGAUUCGGAACUUAUAAAAAA